UGUGUGUCUGUCUGUCUGUUACUCGUCAUCUCACUUCUCGAGUGUUCGUUCGUCUCACAAAGGAUACCACCUACUGAACGGGCAAUGAAGGUUGGUGGUGUAGGUGACUUGGUAUGUACUCAUUUAUCCUCUCAACUUGCUCCUCCUCCUCUCUAUGUUGGUCCUCCAGUUGUCGUUCCAUUUCUCUACUCCUCUUAUGCCGAGCAACAUAGCAAUGAGUUGAUGACACUUUUUGAUGUGAUUAAGAAAUCUGGAAUGCAGACCCCCAUUCUUCUUGGAGAUUUCAACCAUGGCCCAGCUAGAACAGAUGGUGUGGUGGCAGAAUUCCCGUUCUACUAUGGUCUCAUGAAUGCCCGUGGCUUUGUCACUCCCUAUGUCCUAACAGAUGGUCGCUGCACCUUCUGCAUUGACAACCCUCUUACUGGUGGUCUCUUUCCAGACACAAUUAUUGACCAUAUUUACAUCACAACGGACACCACUAAGAGAGUGAUAUGUGCUAGAGUGGGUCUCAGUUUCUCCUACUUGCUAUAAAAUGACACUUAACCAGCCACAAACACAUUAAUGCCUCCAUAAUUCUUAUACAUGGGGGUUAUACUAUAGGCACUAAUGCUUUAUACUGCAGAUACUCGUGGCAUCCAAAGAGGUAAGGGCUGCAUAAACUAAACAGCUCAUGCUUUCACAUGAACAUGAUAGCACUUUAAGGCCGUCAAAAACCUGUUUGGACUUUACAUCGCACAAUCUUGCUGCUGUUACUGAUGUGUGCACUCCAACACAUACAUUUCAGUAAUUGCUAUAUCCCUAUAUAUUACAGCGGUUCUUUGAUGUCGUGUCACCGCCAAUUGGAACACCACUCUCGGAUCACUACGGGGUCAAGGUCCGAUUGUACAACAUCAGGAACGAAGAAUGCAGUGCUCUUCAGCAAUGUCGCUAUAACUGUGCUUCUCAGAUCAAAGAUCUGUCCCCCUUUGAGCCAAACUUUAACGAAGUUUGCUUCAGCUAAGAAAAAAGUCAUCCCCAACCUGUAGCUACUUUGUUACAACAAUGACUCUUGUAACCUGUGUGGUAUUAGUGCAUGCAGAAUGUGUACUGACUGUAUGUGUGUAUGCUGUACUUGUGCGCAUGUGCAGUCUGUUGUAUAUAAGUGUGUCGUACGCU